UGUGACGCAGCUCACGUGACUCGCCCACGCAGGCUCACACACCUCCUGGGUCCCUGGACCUGCGGUUCCCGCCCGCUUCCCCUGCACCUGCUCCUGGUGGCGCAGCUCCUGGUGGCGCAGUGAUCGCGCGGCCCCGGACGGAUCGGAAAGGAGACGCAGGAGAGGAGCAGGUCUGAAGGACCAAGUGUCUCGGCUGCGCACCUGGCAUUGAGAAUCCAGAGGAGAAGGAGAAGACAAGGAUAGGCCCAGGAAUAAUGGAGUCUAAAGAUGAACAAGGGGUGAAGAAUCUCAAUGUGGCCAAUGUCCGUCAGGAAAGGGAGGAAAAGGAAGAGAAGCAGCAAGAUGCUGAUAAAAAGGAGCCGGUGGCCCUCCCUUUGGAAGCUGGCGAAUACUAUAUCCCCAGAGGAAAUCGCAGGCGAUUCCGUGCUAGACAGCCCAUCCUGCAUUAUAGAUGGGAUCUGAUGCAUAGGGUUCGAGAGCCCCAGGCAAGGAUGAGAGAGGAGAAUGAGGAAGAAAUGUUUGGGGAGGAGGUGAGGCAGCUCAUGGAGAAGUUGAGGGAAAAGCAGCUGAGCCAUAGUCUGCGGGCAGUUAGCACUGACCCCCCUCACCAUGAUCAUCAUGAUGAGUUUUGCCUUAUGCCCUGAAUUCUGAGGUUUUCUCUGAAGAUAAUAUGGGACCCUACUUCUUAAAUUUACGUGUUUCUUUUGUACUGUUGUAAAAUUUUUUUAUGGUACCUGUUCCCUGUGGGUCUCCACUUACUGCCAGCUUCUAACUGAUAUUAUGUUUUUGACCCAGCCUAUACUUUUGUUAGUAGAAUUUAUCUAUUGCAUGGUAAGAUGCUCAUUACAUAUUGUGGAGUUAAUAAAGCAGUUUAAAAAGGCA